CCAAAGCUACCAAGCCUGAAAGCAAUGGAGGAAUUAACCACAGAAGUCCCGAAACCUACUCCGAGGAAAAAGAAGGCCACACGCAGUACCCAGUUGGAAAACCUGGAUCCAGUCGAGGAAUCUGGGACUGAAGUUCUGACUGCCACGCCCAGGAAAAAGAAGGUGAGGAAGGUGAGGAGUGAGGAAGAGUCUCGAGCCCUCCCCCAGCCUGUUCAGUCUGAGGGCCUUCCGCAACUCCGCAGACCCGUACCCAGAGACAGGAAUCGGGAGGAUGUGGAUAUCUCCAGUGAUGAGGUCACUGCUGACAGAGCCACCCAGGGCUUGAGCAGCUUACAAGAGAGUGAGAGGCCAAUUUCUCCCUUCUACAUGAGCUCCCCCUUCUCUGCCUCCCAUCGGAAUACUGACUCUGCACUCUUCCUGGAGUGGACCAUCCGCUUGGCUGUGGAGCAGCACCUGUUUGCAUCGCAGGUGGGGUCAGGGUCAGCCCAAAGCCCAGGCUUGGCAGAGCGCUCCUCAAACGUUGCCAUGACAACCACCCAGAGAUGUCCUCAGCUGAAGGACCAGGAUGAGAUUCAGGAGUGUAAAGACACGUACGAGCGUUUUUGUGAAUCAAGGGCCCAGAAUAAGAACAGAGGCACUGAGAAUAUGGCAUCUUCAGCUGUGAGACGGGGUCAUCCAGAAAAGGACUCGGGACUGUCUCCACAGAGUUCAGCCAUGAAGAUCCAGGAGAUCCCAGGGAGCAGGGGGUCCAGGAUGGGGGACGUGGAGGGGUGUGAAGAGCACCCAGGUUGCACCCAAAACAGCAGCUGGGGAGAUGACUCUCCUGUCUUUACUGUACCUGUCCUUGAUUUCAAAACCAUCUGCCAGCAGAGUUACUAUGGGGACCCUGUUCCAGUGGACAGUUUGUGGCAGAGGGAGGGCAUGGAUGGGGAGGAGGCGCGGGUCUCCCCCCCCACGGGGGGGCGGCUGAUGCAGGAGCUCCUGGGGGAGGACAGUGACCCCAUGCUCUCCCCACGUUCCUAUGGUUACGGACACUGUCGGCAGUACCUUGAUGACACUGAGGUCCCGCCCUCCCCCCCCAACGCCCAUUCCUUUAUGAGCCGGCGGCGCAGUUCGUCUCUGGGCUCCUGUGAUGAGGAGAGGGUGGAGCUCUCAGCUGCUCAGCUCUCCAAGAAGAUAAACAGCCUGAAGAAGAAGAUCAACCGCUUCGAGGACAAGUUCCAGGAGGAGAGGAAGUACAGGCCGUCUCACAGUGACAAGGCCGGGAACCCCGAGGUCCUGCGCUGGAUGAACGAGCUCUCCAAAAUGCGCAAGGAGCUGAAAGAGCACAAGCUCCUAAAAUCAGAGGAGGACCUGCCUCCCGUGUCCCGCCCACGCAGCAACACGCUGCCCAAGAGCUUCGGCUCGCAGCUGGACAGAGAGACCAAAGAGGUGAGGAAGGAGGUGAAGGAGCAGGAGGAGGUAGAGAAGGAGCCAGUGGAGAGCACUCUGGAGGCCGUGCAGAAGAAGCUGCAGGAGCGGAGGGAGGAGGAGGGGCGACCGGAGGACAUUAAGGAUAUGACCCGGGAGCAAAUUGGGGCGGAGAAAGUGGCUCUGCAGAAAGCUUUGCUGUACUAUGAGAACAUCCACGGAAGGCCGGUGAGCAAGGCUGAGAGGCAGAUAAUGAAGCCCCUCUAUGACAGAUAUCGGCUGAUUAAACAGAUCCUCUGCAGGGCCUCCACCAUCCCCAUCAUCGGCUCCCCCUCCAGCAAACGCAGAGGGCUUCUGCUACAGCCCAUUAUAGAGGGCGAGCCAUCACUCUUCUUCGAUGAAAUUAAGGAGGAAGAGGAGGGCUCAGAGGAUGAUGGUGACUCUCAAACCCAGAGCAGUGGGACCUUCCGGCCGGAGCUGAGCAUGCUGGGAUUCUCCUUGGCCAUCGACGAGCUUGCGCCCUCCAAGAACAGCACAGACACCCGGCUAUCCAACCUGCACUCCGCCACCAUGCAGGAGCUGGUGGAGCAGCUACAAGAGGCUCGGGAGGAGAAGAAGAAAAUCCGCAAGAACCUGAGAGAAUUUGAAGAUCAGUUUUUCAGGGAGAAUGGAAGAAACGUGCAGAAAGAGGACCGGACCCCAUUGGCCCAGGAAUACAAUGAAUACAAGCACCUGAAAGCCAAGCUACGGCUGCUGGAGGUGCUCAUCAGCAAAAGAGACUCAUCCAAGUUCAUCUAGGACAGGAAAAGGGCUGUGGAAAUUAUCGUCCUGCAACUGACAGCUAAUACUAAUGCUAAUAGAGGACCCCCAUCUCUGUGAGACACAUAAGGAAGAACUCCUAACAGCAUUAGAAGCUGAACAUUAUUCGCUGAGUCAGACAUUUGGCAGAUGAAACAGUGUCUGACGGCGAUAUAUGGUCCUCAUGACAUUGGACUCCCAGCGUUUCCAUCUGCUUUUCCAACAGUAAGCCCAAAACAAAUCAACUAAAUGAGGAGCUUCUGAUCAAUAGAACUCACAGGACAUUUUGUUAUUGUGCAGCUGAUAAGAUACUCCCUUUAGCAACUAACAAUCGUUUAGAUGAAAUCAUUUUCAAGAAUUCACAAUUCUUAGUAUUUGCUUUUCAUUUGAUUAUUGAUUGAGUCAUUUUUUUUCUUGCUAACUGCUGAUGCUGCAUACAUGUCUUAAAAUCUGCAAUUUUCAUAUAAUUUAUUGCUAAUUUCACUGAUUUUUGUAACCAGUGAGUAAUACAUGAGGAUAAUUGCUGAUUUAAUUCAGGGAGUUUUUCAGUGAACAGAUGCAGAAUCUGUCUGAAAAGUGUUUAUUUAACAAGCUAAAAAGAAGCAUCCAGAAAGAUUGGUUCUUUGCUAUUUCAUCCCAAACUAUGUCUGUUUCAGCCCCAUGACAGGAUUAGAGGCAAACAGUAGGAUCAUAUUACUCUCAGAUAUUCAGAUGUUGUGUGUAGGACACUUAAGGAUGAUACCAGAUACUGUCCUGAUGGUAAUUUCAUUUUGUGAUUAGUGCCAUAUCUUACCUCCAGGGAUGAAGCUAAUUAUUAAAAGGACAUAAUUCUGCGAUGUUGGGAAAUGCACACAUUUCCAUGUUCAAAAUACUUUUUAUAUGUCAAAGUGACAAGAAAUUUAGCUUUAGAAAAUGCGAAGACAUUAGUUUCCCGUUUUGUGUUUUGUUCCAAAGAAUAAUAUAUUGUUGCUGCACUGUAAACCAAACUAAUAUGAAUGUACACUAACAGUAUAGCCUACGUCAGUGGUCCUCAACUCCAGUCCUCAGGGCCAGAAGGUUUUUUGUUGUAACCAAGGAACUCGAACACCUGAUUUAAUGACCGAACCAAUCAAGCCACCAAAAAUGCCAUUGAUUAGUUACAUCAGGUGUGUGUGUUCCUGGUUACAAGAAAAACCUUCUGGCAAGUGGGUUCUGAGGACCGGUGUUGAGAAACACUAGAGCCACGGUACAGCUUGUUUUCUUUACAGUCCGUCCUCAACUCAGGUGACGCCCAAGCGUCCUGCUUGCAGGGAAACAUGUUGCUGAAAUGUAUGCACACGCGUGUGCGAACUGUGUGCAUGCCAUGAGUACACGCAGCACGCCCUGAUCAUGUGAUUCCCGUGUGCGUGUACUGAGCUGUGUCACGCUCCAGUGUGCUCUGUGGAGCAGGUGUCCAGCUGUGUGUGCAACACCAUGUCCUAAUGCGUUUGCUGUAACUAUGGAUCCACAUUUACACAGAGAGCAGGUACUUUGUUCCAAGGAGAUAAUCACAGUGUAACUUCAUUUUCUGAAAUGUGUAAACACUGAUGGAAUUCUAAAUGCGUGUACAUUCUAGUACAUAACUACUGUAUAUGUAUAUAUACCUGUAUAAAUAUAAAUGCUAAUGUUUUUAUUG